AUGUUUUCAGAAUGUUCAUCAUUGACAAUGCAAGGAUUAUUUCGAAAACUAAAGGAGACGAGAGCACAAGAACAACAGCAAUACCAGGGGAGAUAUCCUGAUGAGGCAAGAAUUGAGGCUGAUUCUAUCUCGAGAAUCAACAUUAACGAUAAAAGUUUCAUCAGACCAAUUGCUUCUAUCGGAGGGAGACCGGUUAUUCCCCGCCGUUGGACAUAUGGUCAACCAAUCAGUGAAGUCUUCAUUGACGAGAACGGAAUCGCUAUUCCAGUCCGACCAACACCAAGUCUGAAUUCUAUAUUGAGAUCUAGAGGCGGCCUCUAUUAA